AUGAGUUUGGAUCAGUUGAGGGGUGCUACUUGGUUCUCCAAGAUUGACUUGGCAUCGGGGUAUCAUCAGAUCCCGAUAGAUGAGGCAGAUGUCAGGAAGACUGCUUUCAGGACGCGUUAUGGGCAUUUUGAGUUUGUGGUUAUGCCUUUCGGUUUGACUAACGCGCCGGCAGCCUUCAUGAGAUUGAUGAACGACGUGUUCAGGGAGUAUUUGGAUGUGUUCGUCAUCAUUUUCAUUGAUGAUAUUCUGGUAUACUCGAGGAGUCAGGAGGAGCAUGCGACUCACUUGAGGUUGGUUCUGGAGAAACUUCGGGAGCAGAAGCUUUUUGCUAAGUUGAGCAAGUGCAGUUUCUGGCAGCGAGAGAUGGGAUUUCUUGGCCACAUUGUUUCUGCAGAGGGAGUUUCUGUGGAUCCGGCUAAGAUUGAGGCUAUCAGAGAUUGGCCUAGACCUAGUAGUGCCACCGAGAUCAGGAGUUUUCUGGGUUUGGCAGGAUACUACAGGAGGUUCGUCAAGGGGUUUGCUACCAUGGCGCAGCCGAUGACGAAGUUGACCGGGAAGGAUGUCCCUUUUAUUUGGUCAGCUGAGUGUGAGGAGAGCUUUAGUCAGCUCAAGGAGAUGUUGACUACUACACCAGUGUUGGCGUUACCCGAGCCAGGGAAGCCUUACAUGGUGUAUACAGAUGCUUCAGGCAUUGGUCUUGGUUGUGUGCUGAUGCAGGAGGGCAGAGUGAUAGCAUAUGCUUCGAGACAGUGGCAGGGCAGUGAGCGUAACCGUCCUACACAUGACUUAGAGUUGGGAGCAGUGAUCUUCGCGUUGAAGAUUUGGAGGUCUUACUUGCUAGGUGAGACAGUACAGGUCUUCACGGAUCACAAGAGUUUGCAGCAUAUCUUCACUCAGCCGAUGAUGAACGCGAGACAGACGCGCUGGGUUGAGUUCUUGGCGGAUUAUCAGGUGAGCAUUAACUACCAUCCGGGCAAGGCUAACCUAGUGGCGGACGCGUUGAGUAGACGGAGGUAUGAUUCCGCAGUUGAGCGAGAUGUGGAGUCUCUAGUUGGCGAGAUCAGUACCUUGCGUUUGUGUGCCAUUUCGCAUGAGCCUUUGGGUUUAGAGGCGGUGGAUCAGGCGGAUCUACUUAGCAGGAUCAGAGUUGCUCAGCAGAGUGAUCAGAGUUUGCUAGAUGCGACGAGAGUGACUGGUUCUGAGUAUGAGGUCUCUGCGAAUGGGACUAUCUUGGUUCGUGGGCGAGUUUGUGUGCCUAAGGAUGUGGAGUUGAGACAUCAGAUUUUGGGAGAGGCUCACGCGAGCAAGUUUUCCAUUCAUCCGGGAGCGACCAAGAUGUACCAUGACCUCAAGAGGUACUAUCAUUGGGUCGGGAUGAAGAGGGAUGUAGCAGAUUGGGUUGCGAAGUGCAACACUUGUGCCUUGGUGAAGGCAGAGCAUCAGGUUCCGGGUGGUCUUUUGCAGAGUUUACCCAUUCCCGAGUGGAAGUGGGAUAGGAUUACGAUGGAUUUCGUGGUUGGACUACCUGUUUCGAGGACUUUCGAUGCUAUCUGGGUGAUUGUGGAUCGGUUGACUAAGUCUGCACAUUUCUUGGCCAUCAAGAAGACAGAUGGAGCUGCUGUCUUGGCUAGGAAGUUUGUGCGAGAGAUUGUGAGGCUGCAUGGAGUGCCAGCUAGUAUUGUGUCAGACCGUGAUCCCAGAUUCACUUCAGAGUUUUGGAGGGCGUUUCAGGCAGAGAUGGGCACUAAGGUGCAUCUGAGUACAGCUUAUCAUCCGCAGACAGAUGGUCAGUCAGAGAGGACUAUUCAGACUUUGGAGGAUUUGCUGAGGAUGUGUGUGUUGGAUUGGGGUGGCCAUUGGGCAGAUCACCUGAGCUUAGUUGAGUUUGCAUACAACAACAGCUUUCAGGCGAGUAUUGGCAUGGCUCCAUUUGAGGCUUUGUAUGGGAGGCCAUGUAGGACACCCCUAUGCUGGACCCAAGUGGGGGAGCGCAGCAUGUAUGGAGCUACUUAUGUUCAGGAGACGACAGAGAAGGUUCGUGUUGUGAGGCUGAACAUGAAGGAGGCUCAGGAUAGGCAGAAGAGUUAUGCAGAUAGACGCAGACGAGAGCUUGAGUUUCAGGUUGGAGAUAGAGUUUAUCUCAAGAUGGCUAUGUUGAGGGGUCCUAACAGAUCCAUAGCAGAGAACAAGCUGAGUCCGCGAUUUAUGGGUCCGUUUCCAGUAGUGGAGCGAGUUGGGCCAUUAGCUUACAGGCUGGAGUUGCCUGAGAUUAUGAAAGCCUUUCACAAGGUUUUUCAUGUGUCGAUGCUGAGGAAGUGUCUUCACCCUACAGAGGAGUUAGUGGCUAGGAUUCCAGAGGAUCUUCAGCCAGAUUUGACAGUGCCGGCAGUGCCUAUGAGGAUUUUAGAGAGGAGGGAAAAGGUUCUGAGGAACAAGAGGAUUCCCUUACUGAGGAUUUUGUGGGAUUGCAGUGGUUCUACAGAGGAGACUUGGGAGCCAGAGGCAAAGAUGAAGUUGAAGUUCAGGAAGUGGUUCGACAAGCAGGUCGAGGAGUGA